AUGUCUAAGCAAUCAUCUCAACGCCUCCCAGCACCGGCGCUCUUCGUCGGACCACCCUCUCUCAAUGCCAGCAAUGUUUCUCUCACACGCGCAAACACGGACACAUCACAAAGCUCACGCGCCGUACCCUCAUCAGCAAUCCCCGGUCCUCCCUCGCCAUCCUUGAACCAGACAUCGCUGUCCAGGUCGAACACAGGUCUAUCACGACAGAAUACAAAUCUUUCGCGCCAGAAUACGAGUCUGUCACGACAGCACACUAGGGAUGCAUUGAGCAGACAAAACACGAACAUCUCAAUACGACCCGAUGGCUUACAAGUUCCCGAGGAAAGCACACAAGCAGCAGCGGGAGGGGUAGGACUGGGCUUAGCAAACACGACUAUCGAUGAAGAAGUAAAACGCCAACGGCCUCGCCGCGGUACCGCAGUCCUGGAUGCCCACUGGGCCGCUCUUCAAUCAACACUCUCGGACAUUGAACUUUCAGCCGCAUCUUCCGCCCACGUUUUCAACUCCAACCACGCAAAAGCACUCGAGGAGCUUCGAGCUGCUCAAGUGGAAUUGGCAAGAGCGUGGGGUCAAACAGAUGCGGAAGAUGUAUCCACCUUGCCCUCUCCAGACUUGAGAAUGAACAAAGAAACUGGCACGAAGAAGGAUGAAGAUAAACAACACUAUGGCAAUCAUCACAAAGACCAAGAGAAACAGGCAGAGCAGAACGAGCGAAAGCUUUCUACGGCAACGACAUUGGACUUGACUUCUGCGGCGAGAAGAAGAGAGGCUAGUGAUAAGUACUUUGCCGCUGUCAAACAGGGGGUUGCAGACGUGGUCAGAAAGCUGGACGGUGUUGCUGAUGCCAUGAGAGAGGUCGAGAUGCAGAGCAGAGAUAUCUGGGGUGAUGACGGAAAGGAAAGCAGUGACAUGACCGAGAGUGAGUUUGGAAGUCUGAGUUCUUGA